GAAAGAAAGAGUCUACAGAGAGAAAGUCGGUAACUCUCGUCUCUGUUUGUCUGAGAGUACAACUUCUCUGAACUUUCUGAGGCGGUGGAGCGUAACAGGAUGAAGGAGCUUUGUGUACACACCUCCCCCUCUUCCUCUGCAUCUCCAGGAUGUCCCGCGGCCCAGUCGCCUGUUCAAUCAAGCCACUCUGGGACCCUCGGACCUACAUGCAUGGUAUCUGGGGGUUCCGCUAUGGACAUGAAUCCUCUUGGGCCUGAUUACGUGUCCAUGUGUCUGUUGGCAGAUGAGUCCUACCAGAAGUUGGCCAUGGAGACCAUGGAGGAGCUGGACUGGUGUCUGGACCAGUUGGAGACCAUCCAGACCUACCACUCUGUCAGUGACAUGGCUUCAAACAAGUUCAAGAGGAUGCUGAAUCGGGAGCUAAGCCAUCUGUCUGAGAUGAGUCGCUCAGGCAACCAAGUGUCUGAGUACAUCUCCAACACCUUCCUCGACAAACAAAAUGAGUUGGAGCUUCCAUGUCCAGUUCCAAAGUCCAGGGAAAGGAAGAGGAGGCAGGGCCAGCAGCAGCAGCAUGGUGGGAUGAUGAGUCAGAUCAGCGGGGUGAGGAAGGUCAGCCACACGCCCAGCAUCACCGGGAGCAGUGGCAACCGCUUUGGGGUCAAGACGGACCAGGAGGAGCUGUUGUCAAAGGACCUGGAACACAUCAACAAAUGGGGACUGAAUAUCUUCAGAGUGGCCGAGCACUCCCACAACCGACCGCUCACGUGUAUCAUGUACACAAUCUUCCAGGAGCGAGACCUGAUGAGGACGUUCAAGAUUCCAACCGACACCUUUGUGACGUUCAUGCUGACCCUGGAGGGCCACUACCACUCUGACGUGGCGUACCACAACAGCCUGCACGCCGCCGACGUAGCCCAGUCCACACACAUCCUCCUGUCCACACCUGCGCUGGACGCGGUCUUCACUGACCUGGAGAUCCUGGCGGCCGUAUUUGCUGCAGCCAUUCAUGACGUGGACCACCCAGGUGUGUCCAACCAGUUCCUCAUCAACACCAACUCUGAGCUGGCUCUGAUGUACAAUGAUGAGUCAGUGCUGGAGAACCACCACUUGGCUGUGGGCUUCAAGCUGCUGCAGGAAGACAACUGCGACAUCUUCCAAAACCUCACAAAGAAGCAGAGGCAGUCACUGCGGAGAAUGGUCAUAGACAUGGUUUUGGCGACAGACAUGUCCAAACACAUGAGUCUGUUGGCCAAUCUGAAGACAAUGGUGGAAACCAAGAAGGUGACCAGCUCGGGAGUCCUGCUUCUGGACAACUACACCGACAGAAUGCAGGUUUUGCGAAACAUGGUUCACUGUGCAGACCUGAGCAACCCCACCAAACCUCUGGAUCUGUACCGGCAGUGGACGGACAGGAUCAUGGAUGAGUUCUUCCACCAGGGAGACAGAGAGAGGGAACGGGGAAUGGAGAUCAGCCCCAUGUGUGACAAACACACAGCUUCGGUAGAGAGAACACAGGUUGGCUUCAUUGACUACAUCGUCCACCCGCUGUGGGAGACAUGGGCUGACCUGGUGCACCCUGAUGCCCAGGACAUCCUCGACACACUUGAGGACAACAGGAACUGGUACCAGAGUAUGAUCCCACAAAGCCCCUCUUCUCCCUUCUACGCUAGUGUCAGAGAAGGAGGCCCACAGGAGGAGGUGGAGGGCGGACCUGUGAUGAGCAAAUUUCAAUUUGAAGUGACGCUGGAUGAGCAGGACACAGAGGAAGGAGAUAAUGAGGGAGGGAUGAUGGAGACGACGGAUGGAUUUGAUGUUCUGACACUCCAAAAUCUUCCCUCUGACCAGGACGGGACUGAAACAACAACGCGUGACGUCUCCCCGGCGGAAACAUAGCCGAACUGAUUGCGUUUAGAGAGUGCAGCAUGUUUUGUGCUGUUUUUUGGCUUCGAUUUUAUUGCAGUGGAGGAAUCCUGCAAUCUGGCUCUUUGGAGCCGUCUGGUUAAGAGGGCCUAACUAAAUGUGGGUCGCCUCAGCAAGCAAGGCUGGGAAACCCUGGGGCAGUUUGAUUUUUAAGCCCUUGAAGGGAGCAGAAAGAGUAGUAGCCUCUGUCGUUUAAAGAAGGGACUACCGCGCGACCGCGAGCGGCAGGACGGAAUCUUGGUCCUCACGGUCAAAUGACGUGACACAGCUGAUAAAGGAUCAGUGUACUAGGACAAGCGAGAUGUUCAAAACUUGCACUUCAGGACACUUUUUAUCUCCAGUUGUUGUGUCGUGUUGGGAUUGGAUGCCACCUGGUUAAGUGUGUCCAACCAAAACUACUGCUCAGCAAGAUAUUUGUAUUCAAUACGUUUUUUUUUUUCUAACACGUCGAAAGAAAAGUUGUGUGCCUUUUUUUUUUUUUGUCCCUUGUGUUUUUAUAAUUUAUUGAACACAUUCAUGUAGUUGUGAAAAUGUGUCCAAUUUUUCUACAGAGAGGACAUUUUUGUCUCACACAGUCUUCCUAAUGUUCUGGCAAUAGUAUACGCUUGUUCUCACAAAGGAGUUCAGUGGAGGUAUUUCGAUAAUCAGUUAACUUCCUGGCACAGUUUGCACUUUGUGGCAUUCGGGGG